UAUGCAUACAAUGUGCAAUUCUGUUCAUGAACAUCUUGCGUAGACUUCGUAUCGAAAGUUCCAUCCUGCCAUACACGCAAUAUGACAUUUCAUAACUGGGGUGGCAGCAUUUGUUUUGUUAUGAAUGUUUUGGUUUUUUCAUCACCAAUUUCACCUGCACCGCAUCGAAUAGAAAUUGAUGUCGAGUUCAAGAGAGAAAAAAGUAUCGCAAGCCCAGGGUAUACGGGGUGCGUACAAUUAUUUUUAGAACCAUAUGAAUCUGUGAUGCGGCAUCGUUUGGGUACCCUGAAAUCCUGUUCCUUCCCUAGAAAAUCGUUAUUUCACCUGUCGCGCUGGACUAUAGGGUUUAGCAAGCAUGACACUUCCACCUCAACCCGUACCUAGUGAACCGUACAGAGUGGUUCCAAUCCAUAAGCAUCGCGAACUGAUGGAUCAGUGCAUUGCGCUUAUUAAUGCUGAAUGGCCACGCUCGUACACGGCUCGGCUCUGGAGUUUGGAAUCAUCGAAGGAAACGUUACCGACCAGCUUCGUGCUGACGACGAACGUGAAUAAAGAAACAAUCGUCCUGGCACACGCCAAACUUUCACCCAUCCCUGCCGAUCGCGAUGCCGUGUUUGUGGAAAGCGUAGUUGUAGCACGCGAACGUCGUGGUCAAGGCAUUGGGCGGUUGCUAAUGCAAGAGGUGGAAAGGCAUUGUUUCAAGAGUUUGCAUCUGAAGAAAAUUUACCUUUCCACAAUCGACCAGGAAGCAUUUUACGCGAAGCUCGGGUACAAGCUGUGCAGUGCAAUUAACAUUUUCGGGUCACGUCCCACGCUUAACAAGAGUACCAAGAAAAUUUGGAUGUUCAAGAGUGCGGACAGUUAGACGACAGCAGCAACGAAUGACGGGUAUACGGAGCAUGUAUUUAGUAUCUUCGUCCGGUUAAUUACUGUUAGCUUGCCGGUGGUUUGUUACGUAUUGUUAUAAAUUUUUGUCGUAAGAAACUGAACAUGUUAUUUAUUCUAGAUAAGCUACAUUAACAGACAAAAAACCUGAUUUCAUGAAUAAAAUGUGCACUGCUCGUGGUUCGCCGUAGAGCGUGUCGUGUUUUGGCGCUUAGAAAAGGGUGAUAAAAAUAA